AAGAGCUCUCCAUGCAAAUUCUCUCAUUCAUCAUUUUUUUUUUUUUUUUUAUGGAGUUACACAGCUGCUGAUGACAAACAUUACAGCAUUUGUUUUACAAAUCAUGUAUAUGAGAGAAUGAUUACAAAUCAUGAAAUAUGAGAGAAAUCAACUUUGUUUGUUUUUGACAGUGAAAACUGGCUGGGCCAUUGCCAUGAUCAUCUUGAUGUCUUUGGCAAAGUUCUUUACCACAGCCCAUCCUGCUCCUAUGCCACGAAGAAAAGAGGGUCUGCAUAAGCUGCAGCAAGAAUUGUGCAAGCUGUCGCAAUUGAUAACUCAAGAGGGACCUGCCGAUAUAAAAGAGAUCUUAGAAGACUUUGAACAUGAUAUCACCUCCCUGCCUACGCUGUACUACACAGUAAAAGACCUAAAAUCACUUGAGGUGAGCAGCACCUUAGCACAGCUGUACUCUGGUCUUAAAUCCUUCAUGUUUCAUCUCGACUGGUUGCAGAAGAAACAGGAAGAGUCAGAGGUUGAUUUUUCCAAGACAAAGAAGAUUUUUCAUAAAAUCCAGGACAUCAGCCAUACAGUGCUCAGACAGAUUGGAACCGUACCUCCUGAGCUUGUCUACCCCACCCUGCCUCCUCUGAAUACAGCCUGGAGCAUGUACCAGGCCACAAUGGAGAUCCAUAAGAAACUGUUCAACUUUUGUGACUGGUACACUAGAGCUUUAGGAGUCCUGAAACAUAGACAAUAAUGGCUCACAUCGUAUGACACCAGUAGCACCUCAACUCAUCUCCAUGGUGUCAACAAAUGGUGAGGGUAAACAGGCAUCUUCUAACCUGCCUUAAAGUCAUAAAAGUCAUGACUCUAAGUCAUAUGGCUUUCCAUCCUGACACAUUCCAGCAUUUGACAGUUUCCAUUACAUGAUUAUAUUGUUUUUGUUCUAUAUGUAAGUUAUGUAUUUAAUAUUUAAGCUUAUUUAUUUGAGAGUUCUCUGUUUACAACUGAAGUAUUUUUAUACCUAGAGAGAGUGAGACAAUUAGCACUUUAUGAAAAUCUUAGAGUGUGUCAUUUCAAUAUGGGAUUUUGAAUGUAAAAUCAGCUGCAGGCAGUUGCUAACAACGACCACUAGAUAUGGCAAAAAGGUGAAGUAAAAUUAAGUUUUGCAGUUCAGGACCUGCACUAAUUUAUCAAUCCUUUUGUUAAAAGUUACGAAUUUUGCCACAGUAGGAAAUGUUCCUGGAUCAACAUCCUCAGGUUUAGGUUUAAGGCUGGGGUUGGGGCUUGAGCAACAUUCUUAUCAGUAUUUUUUCUAAUGACUAGGGUUGGAGAUUAGGGUAGGACUAUGUUUGUUUGGCAGACAUGGCGUUCUAGAACCAAUGAAGAUGUUGAUCCAGAAACACAUCCUAUUUGGUAAAAUUAGUCACCAAAUGAUGACACUGGGCAUUCAGACUAAUAACACAAAAUUAUAAAUUUUCAUUAGGGCUAAAGAAUGUCAUUACUGCUGUGAACAUAAUGAAAAGUAUCUUGAAGUGUACUCAAAGAAUUUCUAUUGUUUAAUUUUGUAUUCUUAUAUGUUUAGUCUAAAUGAAAAAUAACUCAAGUGCCACCAUAAUGCAGAGAUUGCACACUAAUAAUAAGAAAGAUGCCACUGCAUUAUUUGAAUCCAUGUGAAUGAUGCCAAAGUCCUUUUCAUUUCAUCAGAGGUUCAGUUGAGAGGAAAGAACUACACAUUUAGAUCUUAUUUAAUAUUUCAUAUAAUCAGUUUCAUUCAUGCAAACCAGACUUGUGAUGCAGGAUGUUAAAGAAAUGAGAUGCUGUUAAUAUCUGAUGUCAAACUGAACUACCGGUACGUAAACCAGACUAAAUUUCACCCUGCUUUGACUUUGCAAGCCCAAUGAAAUGGAUGUAUUUACUGUGUUUUUAAUACAUACUAAAAUAUAUUUAAUUUUGUAUUUAUUAUUUUUUAUUUGACUGUUGUUUUUGAUGCUUUAUUUUUU